UCAGCAGCCGCUCCGUCUCCCUCCUUCCCCGCUUGCUCCAGGCGCCAAGAGAGAAUUGCCGGAAAGCCCCAACCCAGGCCCAGACUCAGGCCAUGUCCUUGCUGCAGGAAGCCGCUCGCGGGGAGCUGCGGUGAAGGAUCGGGGCCCGUCUGCACCGUCUCUGUGCCCGGGGGAGCCCGACAGCGCCUGGAGAGCUGCGCAGAAAGCGAAGCUGCACGCGGAGCUGGUGCGAGUCCUGCAGCGCCGAGCCCAGGCCGUGUCCGCCAUGGAGCCCGCGGCUGCCGCGGCGCCUGAGCUGGUGGAAGUCAUCCUGGAGACGGAGCCCGAGGCCGGCGUGCGUGGCAUCGGCCUGUCCGGUGGCGGCAAGCAGGGGCUCUUCGUGGCCCAGCUGCUGGAGGGGUCCCCGGCCGCCAAGGCCCUGAACCUCCGCGAAGGCGACCAACUGCUGAGCGCCCGCGUGUCCUUCGAGAACGUGCGCUACGAGGACGCGCUGCGCAUCCUGCAGUGCGCCGAGCCCUACCAGGUCUCCUUCUGCCUCAAGCGCACCGUGCCCAGCGCCCACGUCGGCUCCGGCCCCGGCGGCCUCGAGCUCAAGGGCCCCAAGGCCAAGGUGGCCAAGCUGGCUGUCGGCGUGCGGCCGGUGGAUGUGGAGCUGCCCUUGCCCAAGGGCAAGGUGGAGCCGGCGCCGGUGCCGGAGCCGGCCAAGCUGGAGCUCCCGGACGUCACGGUGCAGGUGCCCAAGCUGGGCCUGCCCAAGCUGGGUGGCAGGGCACAGGAGGGGGCGGCGGAGCGGGAGAGCCCCAAGCUCAAGGCCAAGGGCCCCAAGAUCAAGCUGCCGAGCUUCGGGCUCUCGCUGCGGGAGCCCAAGGCCGAGGCAGAGCCCGGCGCCGCCGAGGGCAAGGCCCGGCUCCCCGCCCUCAAGAUGCCAUCCAUCGACAUUGCGGUGCCCAGAGCAGCAGACGUGGAGCUGCCGCCCGCACCCGACGUGCGCCUGCCCACGGCCAAGCUGGAGAUGCCGGGCCCCGAGGGCCCCGAGGUCAAGUUCAAGCUGCCGCAGGUGUCGCUGCCCAAGCUGGAGCUGGCGGGGAAGGUGGAGCUGGAGCCGGAGCCUGAGCCCGGGGCGCUGGAGCUGCUGGCCGGGAAGAUUGGUAUGCCCAAGCUGGACCUCUCGGUGCCGGGGCUGCAGCCGGUCGGCGUGGAGCUGCCCGCGGCGCCCGAGCUGGGCAUCGCGGUGCCGGAGCCCAGGGUGGAGGUGGCGCUGCGCUCGGCAAAGGGGCCAGAGCGGGUGGUGGAGGUGGCUCCAGUCCGGCUGAGCUUCCCCUCGGUGAAGGUGCCUUCCCUGGAGGUUGACCUGCCCCACAUCGCCGGCGUCGAGUACAGGGAAGCUGUGGUGCCGGAGCCGCCAAGCCUGCCGCUGCGAGUGCCCAAGGUGGACCUGGCCCUGGGGAGGGAGACGAAGGAGGUCGAGGGCCCUGACGCCAGCGUCCAGCUCCCAGCCGUGAAGCUGUCGGCAGUGGAGAUCGCGGUGCCCACGCUGCCCGGCUUGGACAUCGAGCCUGGGGUACCCGAGGCCAAGCCCAAGUCUCCCAAGUUCUCCCUGCCCAAAUUCCCCCGCGGCAGGAAGGAGCCAGAGCCGGAACCGGAGCCGGGCGCCAAGGGGGCCAAGCUGAAAAUGCCGAAAUUGGGACUGUCCUUCUCCAAGGCGAAGCCGGGGACCGAAGGCGACGGAGAGAGCCUGGAGCUGGAGGGGAAGGCAGGGGCCAAGCUGCCGGGGGUCGAGAUUGCAGCGCCCUGUGCGGACGUGGCCGUCGGGCUGCCGGGGUCCAGGGGGGCCACGCCUGACACCAGCCUUGAGGCACCCGACGGGAAGCUGAAGAUGCCCAAGAUUUCCCUGCCCAAGUUCGGGGGCAAGGGCAGGGACGGGGAGCUGGAGCCAGAGCCGGAGGAGCCGGGCCGGGAGGCCAAGCUGAAGAUGCCCAAAUUCAAGAUGCCGUCGUUUGCCGGCAAGCGGGACACCGAGGGUGCCGGUGCCGCCACCCCAGAGCCGGAGGGGAGGCUCCUCAAGGGGGAGGCUGGGAGUGGCAGCUCCUUCCUGAAGAUGCCGAAGCUCAUGGGUCGGGGCGGUGGAGGGGCCGAGACGGAGGCCAAGGGCGCCCGGUUCCAGGUGCCCGAGCUGGAGCUGUCGGCCCCGGGCGCUGCGGUGCAGACGGCGCCCGGAGCCGCGGGGAAGGGAGACGCCGCAGACGGGGAGGCGGGCAGGAGGGCGAAAGUGAAGCUGCCCAAGUUUGGGCUGGCCCUGACCAAGGGGGUGCAGGAGGGGGACAAGGACGCCAAGGUCAAGGGCAGGAAGGGCACGUUCGCGCUGGGCAAGGCCAAGGAGGCCGAGGCGGCCUCGGGCCUCCUGGAAGGGGACGCCGACGCCGGGGACGGCCGGGCCAAGGGGCUGCGGCUCAAGCUGACGCCUGGCUUCGGGCUGUCGCUCGCCAAGGCCAAGGCCGCGGCCGAGGUGAACGGGCUGGAGGGCGACGCGGACAAGGGCGCCCGGCUGCGGCUGCCCAAGCUGGGCUUCUCCAAGGGCGAGGGGCCGGGCCUCCCCGACGGCGCGCGCCUGGGCCGGGUCAAGCUGCCCCGCGUGGAGCUGGCGGGGGGGACACGGAGAGACCCCGACCCUGAGCCCGUGGACCCCUGUACUAACAACACCCUGAGCCCCCAGCUCCUGCUGAAGCUGCUGCGGGCGCUGGCGCGGCUGGACCCCGAGGCGGCCCACGUGGUGCGGUUCCACGAGGGCUUCCAGGCGGGCGGGAAGUGCUACCUGGUGUUCGAGCUGCUGGAGAAGAACCUGUUCGACUUCCAGAAGGAGAACGGCUUCGCGCCCCUGCCCGUGCGGCACAUCCGCACCGUGACGGCCCAGGUGCUGCGGGCGCUGGCCAAGCUCAAGGAGCUGGCGGUCAUCCACGCCGACCUCAAGCCCGAGAACAUCAUGCUGGUGGACCAGGCGCGCCGCCCCUUCCGGGUCAAGGUCAUCGAUUUCGGCUCGGCCAGCUUCUUCCCCGAGGUGCGCUACGUGCGGGAGCCCUACAUCCAGUCCCGCUUCUACCGGGCGCCCGAGGUGCUGCUGGGCCUGCCCUUCUGCGAGAAGGUGGACCUGAAGCUGCUGCGGGCGCUGGCGCGGCUGGACCCCGAGGCGGCCCACGUGGUGCGGUUCCACGAGGGCUUCCAGGCGGGCGGGAAGUGCUACCUGGUGUUCGAGCUGCUGGAGAAGAACCUGUUCGACUUCCAGAAGGAGAACGGCUUCGCGCCCCUGCCCGUGCGGCACAUCCGCACCGUGACGGCCCAGGUGCUGCGGGCGCUGGCCAAGCUCAAGGAGCUGGCGGUCAUCCACGCCGACCUCAAGCCCGAGAACAUCAUGCUGGUGGACCAGGCGCGCCGCCCCUUCCGGGUCAAGGUCAUCGAUUUCGGCUCGGCCAGCUUCUUCCCCGAGGUGCGCUACGUGCGGGAGCCCUACAUCCAGUCCCGCUUCUACCGGGCGCCCGAGGUGCUGCUGGGCCUGCCCUUCUGCGAGAAGGUGGACGUGUGGUCGCUGGGCUGCGUGGCGGCCGAAGCAAGGCCCGAGCCGCCGGUGCCCAGCUCCAGCGCCUGGCUGGGACCCGAGGCCUGCCUGCCCGAGCAGGGCUCUCCGGGCAUGUUCCCCUACCGGCACCACGUCGCCAGCCACCAGUGA